AUGGGUGUUAACACCCGCAAACCGACGCUUCCAGCUCCUACCGAUUCUUCGUUCCUUGAUACAACAGGGGGCAGUGCGACAGGAACGGACCUCGCAACUGACCUUUCUCGACGCACCGAUAAGACAUCAUACUCCAUUCCGGAUGACGGCAGCCCCAUCACUAUAUCCACGCGCCGUCGAUCUCAAAAUCGAGAGGACUCCAAGCUUUCCCGAGCCUCCGCCCAGUCGCAAACUUCUCUUUUAAUUGAAUAUUUUGAAGGGGGGAAGAAAGGUGGGGGCCUGAACUCUCGACCCAGUGUCAGAGUAAAAGUGACGCCAUCUGCUGCUCGCAAAAUCAGAGACCAAAACGACCAUAUCCAGAUUAGUGAAUCUGGGGGAGGUAAAAAGCCAACAUAUACGAGGCGUAUUUCUUUGGGAACGCCAACUCGAAACAAAGAGAUUACUGAGGGCGUGACGGAUGAUAUAAGUAUCAGUUCAAUUGGAUCCUUGGCGGACGAAGCUGGUCUUACUCGCCGUUCACCAUUAGAAAUCGAAUUUUCGAGGGACAGUGAAUUGUCGGCCAGGUAUAUUCAGCCAACAUCUGAUAUAUCUUCUAUGCCCCAGGAUAGCAUGUUGGAAAGCUCGCCCUCUAUGUCUCAAGUUCGUCACCAACGAAGCCAUAGUGUAAGUGGCGACGAGGGUCAUGAGCAACCUCGCUCUCCGGGGAUGCUUAAGACACCUUCCAGAAGGAGAAGUCGAAGUCUAAGUAGGGAAAGAAUUGCGCAUAAAGCGGCAGAGAAACUUGGUGCUGCCCCGCGAGAUGUGGCUCGCAAUAAACACAGACAUAGCGAAAAGAGCCAAAGUCGAAGUGUGAGCAAAGAAUUCCUGGAACCUGAAGGGAAAUCCUCGCGUCGGCGUUCAGGAAAGCACCGAGAAAAGGAUUCGGUCAGCGCAGAAUCCAGCCUUUUGAGCCAUUCUGCGCUCUCCCCCCAACUCAAAUCUGGAGAUCAAUAUUCUUUCCGUUCAGGGACGUCCAAAUCGUCAAUAAAUAACCCAAGGCUGCUGGAAACUGUUGAGGAUGCUAUUCGACGACUAAUCUUGCCGGAGCUCAAGGAAUUGAAGAAAGAUCAAAAAGUGCAGGCCAAUCGAAACCAAUUCGAGCGCGAUACGAAUGGCUCUCUAGGUUCUGGGAGUAUCGGAUCUAGGGAUGAACUGGGACGACGCUUGUCCAAACAUGCCAGUGCUCCGGAUGUCACCAAACCACGCGUGAUAGUCAGUAAUGGCAGUAAAGAUCCAUUAAUCAUCUCGGACGGAUAUUCAAAGAGAUCCAAGGAACCAAGACGGGAGAAGUCACGCGAAUCACAGUAUGUUAAAUCUUUUACACGGAGAUUUUCCGAAGACUCUUAUCCCUCGGAUGAACCCAUACAGAGGAAAAAGUCCAAGGGACUUCGCGAUGCUGAAGCUGCAGCAAUCGUCGGCACCGCCCUGACCAGUGCCGCUCUUAAACACCAUGACUCUAAAUCUAGCCUGGACAAACGUGAGCGGAGGAAGAAACGCAGCAAGAGCCGAAGUCGAAGUGGAAGCGUCAAUGAAACUGAACUGAUGUUCCAGAAGCACGGAGUUCCCCCAAUGCCCCUACGCAGUGAUAUAGAUUCAGAAUUGACAAGGGAAUCUCUAUUAUCCCAACUGACUACUGGUACUGAAAGUCCCCGUCAUGGUGAGGUAACACGCCGAUCACCGCACGAAGCUGGUUUACCUGUCUCUCGAACACCAACCCAAACACCCCGUGGAGUAGCGAAUGAGUCGAAAUCUAAUGAAGCUUUAUCGGCGAAAGGUUUGAGUGCUCAAAGUCAACGCAGCCUAAACCUUGACGAGGAUAUCACUCCAACAAAGGCAGAAACCCACCAUGUGGACCAAACAUACAUAGACCACUAUGGCGAACACGCAAACGAGUACACCAGUCGUGCCCUGAGCCCAAUCCAGAGUGUUGCAAGCUCCCGUGACGAUGACUCGGAUGUUGGAGAGGAAGCGGGACAGCAAGCUGAUAGUUCUGGAUCACACGAAUUUGGCUAG